AUGUCUGGGCCAUAUCCUAACGACUCAGCUCCUUACCAGCAACAUCGCCAGCACGCGCCCUAUCAACAAGAGUACAAGGCCUCAUACGACGACCUCAUCGACGAAUAUGCAACGCCGUACGGCGCGACGUCGGGCCACAAGACAUUCAACGUCGAAACGCCGCUAACAAGCGAUCUGCGUCGAGGCCCAACAAUUUCGGGACUCCAGAAGCCAACACAAUUCUCUUCCAAGCAAUCAGAAGAAACGGACUUCGGUGCGCCGUACGUGGGCUAUCCACCGCCAGUACCUCUGAAGGAGAUCGACACUCGGACUUUCUGGCAGAAGUGGCUGCCAGAGUCAAUAGCGUGCAGACUGUAUGUGUUUACAGUUCUCAUAGAAACAACAGUAGAUCUGGCCAUUGAGGGGGAGCUGCUGGUGCGAAUCAAUCGGCAGAAUGACUUGGCGGGCGUGGAUGGCAAGAUACCCUCGCAGAAAAUGCCCGUCUACCUGAGCAUUUUCGCCCUAGCACAUGUUUUCCAGCUGGUGCUAGCGAUAGAUGCGGUCUAUGCCCGAAACACACUUCAAUUCAUUGCCCUCACCAUCUUCAACGCCCUCUUCCUUCUCUACGCCAUCAUCCAAAUAUUUGAAAUCCGUACAUCCUCUGAGCUGCUUCCCGACGUCACGGGCAUAUCCGACAUCCCUAUCAAUGUCCUCACGACCAUCAUCCCCAUCGUCAUCUCUGUUGCCGAAAUAUGUUACAUCGCCCUCGGAUGGAAGAUCUACCACGAGUUCGGGUGGAAACUAUACAAGGAACUCGGCGCUGACAGGCGGGUCAAGAAGAUGUACGCCAAUUACCAGGUGUUCGAAUGUCUCAUCAAGUUCGACGUCUUCUUCUGGAUUGGCUUUUCGGUGCAAUUUAUCUGGCUGGUAUUGAACAAGAAUGACUGGGAGUACUAUGUUACGUGUGCAGCGUUGCCGCUCUCCAUUGUUUUGCUGGUAGAAGGCCAUCUGGCGGCGAGACAUGAGAACAAGUGGAUGAUGGCUACAUUCAUGGCAGGAUGCGUUGGAGCGAUGGUGUACUUCGUCUACAAGCUCGUGAAAGUGCUCAUAUACAGGAACACUGAUCAGUUCCUCGCCAUCUACAAGACUUUGUCGGUGUUUUCUAUGAUUGCCAUCGUUCUACUGCUGGCGACAUUUGCGUUUGCUAUCAUUGUCAUGCGCAACUUCGGCCGUGGCCUCAAGACUUCAAUAAAGCGCAAGAAGACCACGAAGAUAGGUGGUUCUGUGGAUCCACACCGCCGCGCCGCGAGCACGAACUUGAACCGCAUGAGCAUCGACUAG